AUGCAGUUAGUAAGUACCACAGCAGUUUUCGUAAAUUUAUUUAGACAAAUAUAUCGUAUCUUCCAAACCGGCCAUCUGUGUAUCUUAAAUUCCCGAAUGUAUCAGUUCUUUUGGAUACAGCAGUCAAUUUUGACGUUCUGAGCAACUUUAUGCCGUUGCGGAUAAUCAAAAAGUGAGUUCUUUUUAAUUUAAUAUAUUGUUUUAGUCAGUCAUCCCCCCUGAAUAACGCCGUUUCUCCCAGGGAUCCAAAUUUGGCCGGCUUGAAGAAGAUCGGAGGAGAACUCUUGAUCGAUGCCGUUCCUGAAGUCCAGCCAAUGACAGUGAGUGUUCAUAUUUUGUUUGAUCUUCUUUUAGUUAUCUUCUAUUGAUUUCUCCAAGCUCGAUGUUAUUCUUAUAUCAAGUUGGAUGAGUUUAUUAUCUUUGCCUUAUAUAACCGAAGAAACUGGAUUUUCUGGUGUUGUUUAUUGCACAGAACCGACCAAAGAGCUGGGUGGUUUGGCCAUGGAGGAGAUGGUGAAUGUCAUGGAUCGAGUGAAGAGUGAUGAUAACGAUUGGAAGGAGAAACCUUUCUGGAAAACUUUUGGGAAAUCAAAAACAAAUGAUCCUAGAGGAUGGAAGCCGAUUUAUUCGAGGGAGCAGAUGAGCAAUGCCCUGAAGAAGGUGUCCUUGAUUAGUUUUGGAGAGACCAAGGUUUUAGAAAUUUUAUAUCUUCAACUCAAUAUUCUUUAGGUAGUUAAUGGACUUAUAAAAUGCACCGCCUAUUCUUCCGGACAUUCGAUUGGAUCUUGCAAUUGGAUUUUGGAUUACGAUUCUUGCAAAGUCAGUUGAUUUCAAUUUGUUUUAUGUAUAUUACGAAUUUUUGUUGUUAGGUAGGGUAUGUUAGCAGUAGUGCUGCCCGACCAUCUCACGUACGGCCUGCUUUUUGGAUACCGUUUAAAAAUAUCUCCAACCUUAUCGUGACAUCAAUCAGCAGAUUUCCUAAUGCGGACCCUGCUUCGAAUGCUCAUAGGUUAUCAUUUACUAUGGUAGAGACUCUUAAGAGAGGAGGAAAUGUUUUAUUUCCCAUAAGUCCGGUGGGUAACGUCUUCGAUCUGUUAGAGAUUAUAAUCAGCGCUAUUGACGCGGUAGGUUUAUACUGUAGUAUAACACGAUCUGAGUUUAGGGUAAAGCCUCCAGAGAUAUUCCGGUCUAUUUUAUAUCCCCUGUGGCAGCCAGUGCUUUGGCGUUUGUUAAUAUUUUCCCGGAAUAUUUGGUUGAACAGAAGUCUCAACGUGUUUAUAAUGCAGACGAACCUUUCGUCUUUAAUGAUGUAAGUGCUGAUUGUAGAUGAUUCCAAGUUGUUUAGUUGAUCAAGGAUAAUCGAAUAAAGGUCUACAGUUCGAUUCAUGGAUCUUUUUCCAAGGAUUUCAAGCCUCCUUGUGUUGUUUUAACUGGCCAUCCGAGUCUCAGAUUUGGAAGUGCCAUUCAUUUUCUGGAAUUAUGGGGGAAUGACAAGAAAAACGCGGUGAUUGUGACGGGUAAGAGUACCUGGUAUUGUAAUACAUAUAUUUUUUUGACCCCGACUACCCGUUAUCGGAUGUUUAUAAGGCCUUCAAGACGUUUUCCAUCCCCGCUUUCGAGUUCCCAAUUGAUACUAGGCUCGAUUUCAACUUUUUGAAUAAGAAUCUGAUACCGGAUCUCUUCCCAAAACAACUGAUUAUACCUGAUACUUACUGUAGAGGAAGAGCUAAUCUAACUGUUACUCACGUAAGUUGCCAAUUAAGUACUUAUAUUUUUAGAAUAAUAUUAUCAAGUAUAAACAUGGGUUGCCGGUCGAAAUAUCAGGUGAUUUUGGUCGGAAAAGAGCGUUGGUAAUGCCCGAAGUCCUCAAAAACAUGCGGAUGGAGACCAAAAAGGUUAAGAUGGAUGUGUCUUUGUGUAGUUUCAGUGGGUACAUCUCCACAUAUGAUAACGAUUUCACAUUACUGGUAAGUUUCGAGUAAUGUGUGGUUAAAGCAAACUGUCAUUGUUUUAGAAUGAGCUCUCAGACGAUGCAAAAACUGAAAGGAAAGCUUUAAAGCCGAGGUAUCUUGGGGUUUUGUCCUCUGAUUCCCUGAUCGGUCGACUCAAAAGACACGGAAUCUCUGCAGAUCAUGGACAGUCAAGUGUCGGCGAGUGCACAGUCGUCAAUAUUCCCUCGUUAGAAGCUCAAGUUCACAUUACUUUUGGUGGCAGCAAGAGUAUUAUAAAGUGUUCCAGUCCAGAGAAUCGAACACAAAUUCAAAAAAUUUUAUUCGAAUGCCUUGAGCAAAUAUAA